UUGGCUCAUGAAUAGAUUUUUCAGGUUUUGUAUGUUCACUGUGUUGCAUUACUUCUCAAUUUUUUUUUGCUUGCCUCAUGCCUGCCUAAGUUUAAAGUGUAGUGUCCUGUUUUCGUUUCUAGUUUAAGCUUGUUGAUUGAACUCAAUCUAACAUUUGAUAGCUUAAGAUUCUUGUGGGUGAGAUUAGUUCAUGGAUUAUGUUAAGUAAUCCAUGAGCUCAGGCUCAGGCUCAUUAAUUGAACUAGUCUAGCAAUUGAUAGCUUAAGAUGUCUCAUUCUCAAAAAAUUGUCAGGAAACAAUUACUUUUGUAUGUUCACUGGGUUGCAUGAUUUCUCAAAUUCUUUUGCUUGUCUUAUCCCAUGCUCUUAAAGUAUUAAUUCUUAGAAAGUUUGAGUUUUUAGGCCUUAAAAAUCAGAUUUUUCCAAAUUAUGCUUGCCUAAGUUCAUAGUGUAGUGUCCUGUUUAGUUUCUAGUUCUUGUUAGGCUUGUUGAUUGAACUGAAUCUAACAUUUGAUAGCUUAAGAUUUUUGAUGGGUGAGAUUUAGCUCAUGGAUAGAUUUUUCAGGUUUUGUUUGUUCACUGUGUUGCAUGACUUCUCAAAUUCUUAUUUUGUCUCCAACGAUUUGGUUUUGUGGGUACUUGGUGUGGUACGUAAUGAUCUCUCUGUGAUCUGUGUUAUCUCCUAGCCUUUUGACUUUUGUUCUUAGUUAGUUUCUUGAUGAAAUUUGGAAUCUUUUUGCUUCGAUCUCUUCUUAAAGGAGUAUCAUGUCUAUGUUCAAUUGAAAUUGUUGUUUAUCUGUUUGACUUUGGUGUUGUGUAUUAAUUUUUUUAUUAUUGAUUCUCACAAUGUGAUUCUGGUUUCAUUGCUCACUAAAGAUUUAUAAUAAUUUGGGAAGGAUUUAUAGUAAUUCGGGAAGGACUUAUAGUAAUUCGGGAAGGAUUUAUAGUAAUUCGGGAAGGACUUAUAGUAAUUCGGGAAGGUCUUCCUUGAAUAUAUUUGUGUACUGAUUUCCUUUGAUUUAAAUUGCAGGAAAAUGGGAGAUUCGUUUCCAACUGAUUCCACACUGCCAAAGCUUCUGUACAAUAUAGGACAUGAGCCAAAUUCAGAAGUUAGGAUAAACCAAUGUGCAAGAUAUGAGUAUAUCGAUAAAGUACAAUGCAUCAUCUCUGCUACAGAGUUUCAGAGAACCGGAGAAUCGUUUUUGGGACCCGUUCUGAAGGCUACAGCAAGGGGAUUAAAUUUGUCAGGCAAGUUGAUCCAUUUGAAGCUUAACGACAGUGAAGAAGAAUGAGUUGUGGUUUCAUUUUGGGGGCCAACCUAUGAAAUUCUCUAAUAGAGAAUUUCAUAUGGUUACUGGAUUGAAGUAUUCUCCACAGGAAGCUGAUGAAAAUGUGGAGGAUAAUCGCUAUGGUUGGGCAAACACCAUGCAGCGACACACAUCUGAUGAGCUGUUAGACAUAUUGAGAAAGACUGAUAGAGAUUCAGGGGACGAGAGAUUUUGCCUUGCGAUGCUCCUGUUGACGGAGUCUAUCUUCCUGAACAUGUAUAAAGGCAACAAAUUCCCUGCAGCUCACCUUAAGAGAGCUCAAGAUGUGCAUCAAUUCCUCAACUAUCCAUGGGGGAUAGAUGCUUUCAAGGUGCUGUUGUCCUCGAUCAAGUUUAAUGUUCCAUCUAACUUGUUGAAGGAUAAGUAUGACAUCCAUGGGUAUCCGUUGGCUCUCCAUCUCUGGAUUCUGGAGUCCAUUCCAAUCAAGCUUAAGCAGAGUGAGUUUGCUCAAGCCUCGGAUUGCAUUCAUUUGUGAGAGGUACACGAGCACAACAACUCCACA